GAGGAGGAAGGAGGGCGGCUGAAGGGGGGGUGCUAAGCCCGGCCGGCCCGCCCCGGGGAAGGGAGGCAGCGGCGGGCAUGCAGCACGGCCGGCAGGAGGAGGAGGAAGAAGAUGAGGAAGAGGAGGAGGAGGAGGAUGAAGGCGGCGGCGCGGAGAGCGCGCUGGAGAAGAGCCCCUUCCAGCUAACGGCUGAGGACGUGUACGACAUCUCCUCGGUGGUGGGCCGGGACCUGCUGCAGCUCAGCGCCGGUCCCCGGACUUCAGCCGCCGCGGCCCGGCUGCAGUUCAGCAUCGUCAGGGUGCUGGAGAUGCUGGAAGCGUUGGUGAGCGGCGGCAGCCUGGCCGAGGAGAGGCUGAGGCUGGAGCGGGACCGCCUGAGGAUGGAGGUGGAGGCGCUGAGGGGAGAGGGAGCCCCGGGCAGCGCCCCGCAGCUCAACCUUGGACCAGACAAAAUGGUAAUAGACCUCACGGAUCCAAACCGCCCUCGGUUCACGUUACAAGAGCUGCGAGAAGUGCUGCAGGAGCGUAACCAGCUGAAAGCUCAGCUUCUAGUGGUGCAAGAGGAGCUACAGUGCUAUAAAAGUGGGAUCAUCUCACAGACAAAGGACCAAACUCAAGAAGUGGAAAAAAAAUCCCAUGGCAGCAGCCCAAGAACCAGCAAGGACAAAGAAGAGAAGAAAAUCACCAAGCGUCUGUUCUCUUUUAAACAUGGAAAAUGAACAUCCCUGAGAACUUUCAACCACUUACGUUCAGAAAUGGCACUGCUCAAAGCCUCUGAAGGAGUUCGGAGUCAAGGAUUGGAAAAUAAAACAUCACUCUUACUGUAAAGAAUAAGCAAUCUCCUAAGAAUUCUGUUGUAUAUUUUUUCACAGAAGAUUUUACCUUAAUUUUUUAGAAACUGACACUUUUUGCAUUGUUGGAUUCCUGCCAGACAUUACCCAUCUGGAAAGAAUAAACGUUUAUAUGAGUGGUUUUUUUUUAUUCUUAUUAAAAGAGCCUGUGGCCACAGA